CUCUUGCGCCGAUCAGGCGGCUCGGUGCCCGCGCCGAGCCCCUCCCGGCCCGCGGGAGCCCCUUCCGCGCGGCGAGCUCGGCGGCGGCCGCCUUCAUGCUCCGGGCGGCGCGGCGGCGCGGCCGCUGCCGGCGGUGAGCGGCCCCGCAUGCCCUCGCUCGACUACUCGCGCUUCGACCACAUCGGGGACAGCGACGACGACGAGGGCCCCGACCCUGGCCCCGAAGGCGUGCCGCAGGAGCUGCUGCAGGCCCUCGCCCUCCAGGCCGAGGCCGAGGGCGCCGCCGCGGCCGCCCCGCGGCCGCCGGACAACGUGCUGGAGGAUACCGUGGACUACUUCGAGCGCUGGGACGCGCGAAGGGCUGGAGGCGCCGACCCGUCGGAGUCCGCCAGCGCGGCGUCCGUGGAGAGGUUCGAGGAGGACGACUUCGCGCGGCUUGAUCAGUUGGCGGGACUGGGCGGCGCCGAGUGCGCCAUCUGCCUGGCGAGCGGGUCCGAGCAGGAGCCCGCGGUCGUACUACCCUGCGCUGCCAGGCACCGCUUCCACGAGGAGAGUGCGCCCGGGGCUGGUUCGAUCGCAACACCACCUGCCCACUGUGCCGCGUCGACGUGCGCAGCCUGGUGCGCGCGGCGUCCCCGCGGAACCCGCCGCAGAGUCCGCGCGGUUUCGGCUUCACGCGGGACGGCGGCGUGAUCGCGAGGUACGACCCAGCCCCGCCGCCAGAGCUGCCCCGCCCCACGUAUCCCAGAAACUCCACACUGUCGCGGAGCUGGUGGAGAUAGACUACCCGGACCGCGGGGUCGCGCGCGUCUGGCGCGUGCCGCGUUGAGGAGGAGCAGCCGCAGCUCGCCAGGCGCCCCCGGCGCCGCCGCCGGGCAUCCCCCAAGGGGGGCUCGGCGACAGCGGCGGCAGUGGCGCCGGCGCAGCCCCCCGCGCCCGUGAGCCGAGCGCGCGCGUGGACCCGCUCCCCCCCGGCGAAACAACGAAAUGUUCUGAGACCUUCUCCCCGGCUGCGCAGCCCCGUGCGCCGACAUGGCGCACACGCGGGGCGCCUCCGCGCCAGGUGUCCGCCGCCGGCGACGUGCCCGGAGCCCCGGGCUGCUCGUGGGCGCGCGCGGCGGCGAGCGAGAGACCGCUGGCUGCGCGCGCGCGCGCCUGGCGA